GGGGCUUAAGCUCCCCCGAUAGUAACCAAGCACCAAAUCAUAGCGCCACAGCCCCGGCCGACCCGCCAUCGCGACUUCGGCUUUCACCAAAGCUUAGCCUAUCAUCUCGAGUACACGUGUCGAGUCUCGACUAAUUGAAUAAUGGCAACAGCAGAAGAGACUAUCAGCUCAGCUCAGCCCCUGACCAGGAGGGGCAACACGGGACUACGAAAAAGAGUAUAAAUACCUCCGCUGAUUCUGUGUUCCAGACACAAACACUCUUCCUCUCUCUACAUCGUUCAACCCAAUCCACAUUAUUCAAAAUGGUCAACCUUCCUUUCGCCGAGUUCCACGAGGACUCCUACAACAAGGUCCAGGAGGGCCACCAGGGUCACCUCACCCACGAUGUCAUCGGUGGAGCUGUGGCCUACGAGGCCAUCAAGAAGUUCAACGAGUACCAGGAGAAGAACGGCAAGGUCGUUGAGCAUGGCCAGGCCAAGGAGAUCAUCGGUGGCUUGCUUGGCGCCGCCGCUACCAAUCUCUUCGAGACCAAGGGUCUCGAUCAGUUUGACAAGUUCAAGGCCGAGCACGAGGCUAAGAAGCACGCUGAGGAGGCUCUCGAGCGCCACUACAACUAAGAGGGUUUAUUUAGACAUUCUCUCUUGAUAUGAUCAUGAAAUAAAGAACAAAUAACUUCAAA